UGUUAAUCUGUUAAUUAAAUUGGGGGUCGGUCUGAUGAGAGGUUUACGGGGCGGCGGUUUGAUGAUACUUAGGAUAACCAGGGAAGGUUUCACUGAAAACGCCACCUUCAUAAAGACCUCACGCGUGAAGAUCUGGGCAAGACUGUUCCAGAUAGAAAAGAAAGUUCAAAGAACAUUAGGGAAGCGGGCAAGGAAGAGGUUGGGCUGUUCAAGGAACUGCAAAACGGCCCAUGUGGCUGGAGAAAAAGAGAGAUCAAAUGUAGGACUUCGAGAGCCGUGAUAAACAGUUUGGAUUUUGUUCUAAAUGCAACAGGAAAGCACUGGAGGGUUUAAAGCAAGAGAGUGAUAGGUCUUAUUUAGUCUGUAAAAAGAGUAUAGAUUGUAGGUGGGGAGGGGCGAGAACAAAAGCAGAGAUACCACUUAAGAGGCACAGUAGUCCAGGAGAGAGAGAAAUGUAGCUUUAGCUAGGAUAAGAGUAGUGAAGAUGGGGGACAAUGGGCAGAUAGGGAUGUUUUUUAGGCAGAGGAAAGGACGUGCUGAUAAAUGGGGGUGGGGGGAGUUGAAACAAAGAGGAUUCAGGGAAUGACUCCUACAUUUUUGGCCUGAGUAACUGGGCGUUUGAUGAUACUAUUUACUGAGGUGGGAUGUGGGGAGGGGCUUAAGUUGGAUGGAGAAACAGAAAAAGAGAGGGUUGGCAAAAUUUGUUAGCGACACAUAUGGUCUACCACAAACGAUUUUGCUAUCUAGUAGAGGUUUCCUUUUCUUCCAUGACUCAUGUACUAAAUCACUAUUAACCCUGACGUUGAGUCCAGCUCUUUCUUUCCCAGAUAGGUCCCCAUGCAGCGAACAGGAAAUGAAAUGCUCAUUUUCUCCAUAAAGGCCACCUAGGUCAUCUCUAGAAAGACCUAGAACAGUGAUAUCUGUCUCUAUUUUUGGAAUGCCUACAUGUCCACAGAACUCAGCAGGUUUCGAAUUCCACCAGACCAACAGCUUUGCAGAAAUGUACAGAGUUAUCAGUAUCACCACAUAGAUUGGGGUCUACUGAAGCACGUGGUGACCACACUGCCGCGCAACGUCUGGAAUGCGGCGUCGCAGCGCCCCCUGGGGGCUAGCUCGAGAUCUCCUCGCCACCGGCGAUCGAUCCGCAGGGCGCCGCCGGCUUCUGGUUCGAAACAGUUGGGAGAUGGACUGACUCCAGCUUCCGCUCAGGGAGGCCCUCCUGAGCGGCCUGGCCUCUCAGGGCCAUGAAGAAGUCCGUCCAGAAAAACGUUACAGGAAAACAAGUCAACCUCAAGGUCAAGCCAUCUGUACACGACUUGAGCAAAACUCAACAGACCAAACUCACUGUGGGUAGUCUGGGAUUAGGCCUGAUCAUCAUCCAGCAUGGGCCCUACCUUCAGAUCAGCCAUCUCAUUACAAAGGGAGCCGCAGCCAGGGAUGGCACGCUCCAGCCAGGUGAUGUUUUGAUUAGUGUUGGCUAUGCAAAUGUGUUAGGUUAUACUCUUCGAGAAUUUUUAAAGCUUCUGCAACAUAUCACCAUAGGAACAAUACUACAAAUAAAGGUUUACCGAGAUUUUAUAGACAUACCCCAAGAAUGGCAAGAAAUAUAUGAUUUAAUCCCUGAGACCAAAUUCCCAAUCACACGCACAACAAAGAAAACUGAGGAGGCAGAAGAUGGAUCUGUCACAAGCAGUGAUGAUGAUGACGCUUUCGAUACAAGACUUAAGUACUACAAAUAUCCACGGUCCACUGGACAUUACCCUGUAAGGAGACCAAUGUCUAUCUCCAGAGAAUGGCAUGGAUAUAAAAAGAAGAACCAUGUAAUGCGUGUAGGAAAAGACAUUAACUGUGACGUGAUGAUUCACAGAGAUCACAAGAAAGAAGUGAGGGCCCCUUCUCCAUACUGGACCAUGGUGAAGCAAGACAACGAAAUCUCCUCCUCCUCGUCAGCCUCCUCUACCUCAGAUGCAUUUUGGCUGGAAGACUGUACCCCCGUUGAAAAGGGCAGCAGUGAACCAGUAUCACGAGUUGGCUAGGCAGCAGUUUUCUAAUCUGUGACCACAGAAGCAUUUACCUUGAAAACACCCAUUUUUUUGUGCACUGCCUUACUUUUGAGUGUUAGGUUGAUAAUUACUUGAAAGAGACAGAAUAGAAACAGAAGAGGGAGAAGAUGAGGGGGGAAAAAACACACACCAAAAUUGUGCCACAGUGAAGAUAAACAUAAAAAACGAAGCAGUGCAAAUAUAGGCUACAGCUAACAGGUAAUAUAUAUUUUGCACAAAUAACUCUUUUGGAAAAAAGGCAAAAGGGGGUAAAACCCAGAUCAUUUAACUGUUCUUACCCAAGAAUACAGACUUUUCACUGCUUUUAUCUUUAAAAGCCAAUAAUGAUCUGGAGAUAGUUACUCUGAUAGCCACUUAAGCCUUAAUUUUAAUAGUUUCUCAUGCUUCUGUACUUUAUACUUAUAUUCCUGUUCUCCUUAAAAGCAUCUAAAGCAAAAACUCAACAUAAACACCUGUUGAUUAACUAAUUAGCAAAAAUGCAAGAAAAACAUUUAAAUAGAAUGCUUUAUUGACUUUAGGUCAGUUGGGAACAAUUACCUAUAUUUAUGCUUUAUAUUUCAUCUCACUGGAAGAAAAGAUAAAUGUUACAAUAGAGACUUUUCACUUUCAUGUAUUUGCUGCUCUGGGUUCACAAAACGUUCAGUUCUUUCCUGCAAUAUGGGAUUCAGUAUUACAACUCAUCAAUGAAAGGUGUAUGCCCCAAAUUUCCACUUGCUGCCAUUGACUUCCGGCCAGAAACAAACUUCUUUGCAGCCUUUAAGACAGAAACAAAGAAAGAAAGUUAAUACAAAUAAGCAAAUAGACAAACUUCUGUUACUCUGAAUAUUUCAUCCUUCAUGUGACUGAGCAAGCGUGACGCUCUAUGAUGACAGUAGCUGUUAAGAGGGAAAAGGGAUCUGACGCUGCAAAAAGGGUAUCUCCUGGGGCACGGCUGUCCGCCUCUGUCUGUAUUACAAUGGCAAAUAGUCUGAGUCAAUGAAAAUACACUGAUUGUUAACUUGU